AUGCCAGAAGAAGAACCAAAACUUGCUGGAGAGUUGGAAGGAAUGCCAGGAUAUAGAAAGAGUUGGGGAUUCUUGCAAAUAUCUGUGGACAAGAUCAAGACCCAGAAGAUUAUUCCAGUACAACCAUCACAAAGAAGACGGCGACAGAGGAGACAUUUGGUUAAAAGAAGAGUUGAUGUGAAUAUGCAAAGAGAUAUGCAUAUUAUGAGUUUGAUUCGAAAUGUUCAGAAAUUUCAGUUAGAGUGAGUUUCAUUUUCUUUAUCUACUGGAGCAAGUCUGAUUUAUUUUUUUUAGAGUCGAAGAGACAAUUGAAGGGCGUCCACCACGAGUAGAAAUCAACGCUGAGCCACCAGAGAGAAAAAUCAAGCGUCGUCGCGACAAACACUAUGAUUACUACCCAGUUUUUGAGCCACUUGCUCCAUGGACUUAUUUAAUUGAUGCUGCAGAAGAAUGCACAGUUACUGAUGAUGAAGAUGGAGAAUGUGAUUUAUCGACUCCACUCAUGUUUGCUGUUGAAUGCAAAGAAGAUGGCGAAUUCUUGCCAGCUCCAUUGUCUGAUGAAAUUGGCGAUAAAUUAUCGGCUUUGUAUCAAUCACCAAUCUCAGUUGCGCCAAAAGAGAAUUUCAUUACCAAAUUCUUGAAACGACAUGGAAUCACUGUAUAA